AAUUCUAAAAAGUAUUAGGGUAAAUCGAGAUUAUAUGGCCAUAGAGGAGAGAUGGCCCAACUCGAUAUUUUCCUAAAUAGUUAUUAGAGGGCGUUUUUUCCACUAUGGCGUAAUGUACUGUUGUGUGAUCGUGCUAUACUAGAAACUCUGAGUCAAUUAACUAAGUUUAAAAAUGCCAAAUAUUUACAAAAGAAAAUCAUUGGAGAGGGCCAAAUGGACCGAGGAGCAACUAAAAUCUGCAAUGAGUACUGUUAAAGAUGAGGAAUUAUCUGUACGUCAGGCUGGAAAAACUUUUGGUAUUCCGAGAAAGACAUUGGAAAAGCAGAUUAAACAGAAUGAAGACCAUAAGAAAAAAUUGGGUCCAGACACUUCUUUCGGGGCUGCACAUGAAAACAGACUGGUUCGACAUAUUAAAGAAAUGCAAAAAAGUGGAUUUCCACUUACUAGAGAUGAUUUGCGAACCAUAGCUUAUAAAUUUGUUGUUCAGCUGGGCUUGAAACAUAAAUUUAAUAAUGAGCUUCAGAAAGCUGGUUACGUUUGGCUGCAUUCAUUUCUCAUCAGACAUCCACAAGUAUCAGUUAGAAAAGCAGAAAGUUUGUCGUUGGCGAGGUGCACAGCAAUGUCUAGAAAUGUAGUAAUUGAUUACUUUAAAGUACUGCAGAGUGUUCUGGAAGAAAACAAUCUCUUGAAAAACCCGAAAAAUAUUUUUAAUAUGGACGAGAGUGGAUUACAAUUAAAUACAAGACCGGGGGAAGUUUUGGCAGUAAAAGGAUCAAAAGUAGUUUCGUCAGUUACCAUGCCCUACCCUAAAAUAUUAUAUUUUUUGUUAAAACCCAAUUAUUAAAAAUAUUACACGAUGAAAAAA